AUGUGGGUGCUCAGCACCGAACGUGCCGAGCUCACGUUCUUUGCUACCCCAGAAAGCGUCCCGGGAGGAUACGCAAUCCUCUCUCAUGUAUGGGACGAGACGGAGCAGACGUUCCAAGAUAUCAAGCUCCUACAUUCCCGCAAUGCACCCGCCGACUGCAAUCCCCGUGACUUUGCGUCUUCGAAAGUGCGGAACUUCUGCGUCCUGGCAGAAAGCCACGGCUACCAGUGGGCCUGGAUCGAUACCUGUUGCAUUGACAAGGCAAGCAGUGCUGAACUCUCCGAGGCCAUCAACUCGAUGUUCCAGUAUUACGCACUGGCGGAUGUCUGCUAUGCAUAUCUACGGGACGUCCCGUCUCAAGACUACGUGGAGGGAGAGUCUUCCGAUUUUCGCUCGAGUCUCUGGCAUAAGCGCGGUUGGACUUUGCAGGAACUUGUUGCGCCGGAGACGGUGGUAUUCCUGUCUUCGGAGUGGAAAGCUCUGGGCACGAAAUGUGACCUUGCUUUCCUUCUCGAGGGUAUCACCAGCGUUCCUGCUAGCAUCCUCAGGAUGGAGGCAGAGUUGACAUCCGUCAGCAUCGCGGCACGUAUGUCAUGGGCGGCGGACCGCAAUACGACCCGCCCGGAGGAUCAGGCGUACUGUCUAAUGGGCAUCUUCAAGAUCCAUAUGCCUUUGCUCUAUGGUGAAGGUCCCCAGGCGUUUCGCCGCUUGCAGGAUGAGAUCAUGAAGCAACAUAUAGAUACCUCGAUCCUUGCCUGGGGUCCGAUAUAUCAGCCACGACCGCAUCGAGACAAUCCCAAGAAGCCAAUUCACGACCACUCAGAGGAAACGUAUCUCUUCGCCUCCUCCCCGUCAGCUUUCCGUGGUUGCACUGGUCGACGGGCCAUAAUACCCAAUCGUUCAUCUGGAGACGCUAGUCGACAGAUCUCUGAAGCGGACACAGUGAGUUCAUCUGUUCUCCUCUCUUGGCUAUGGUUUUGA